UUAUUUUAAGUGCAUUAAUAAAAAAACUUUAAAUUUUUUUGCAUAGAAUAAUUUUGAACAUUCAAAAUGGCUGAGCGUUUUCAAAUAUCAAAAACCAAUAAUGAACAAGAAAUGCCAAAAAUAGUCGAAAAUGUUAAAUACCAAAAUAAUAAUAACAAUAAUGUUAACAUCAAUGGACCUCCACCUACAAUUGAAAACUCGGAAGAAAAUCGUAGAAGCUCAAGACUUUCGAUCCGCGGUUUCGGUAGCUUCCUGAAAAAAAAUGAAGCUCGAAAAUUCAGUUUAAACCAACUAACAAAUGAAACGCUUCCUAGAUUAGAUAAUUACAGAAUGUCCAAGAGGAAUCAAAAACGUAUAUCCAUUGGCGAAAUGUAUGGAGAGCAUGAGCAAGAACAGACUAUACAAAUACCAGAACCCCCAAAUGAACCAAGCGGACACAUGAUUAAACUUGGCUGGAUCGCUGGUGUUAUGAUACCAUGUUUGCUAAAUAUUUGGGGUGUCAUGCUCUUCCUGCGGCUCAGUUGGGUUGUGGCUGAAUCGGGCAUACUGGAAACUCUUAUUAUCAUUACGAUCUCAGCAGUGGUUUGUGUUAUCACAACAUUAUCGCUUUCUGCCAUUAGUACAAAUGGCGAAGUGAAAGGUGGCGGUGUGUACUUCAUUAUAUCACGCUCGUUGGGUCCUGAAUUCGGUGCUUCUGUUGGCAUUGUUUUUGCAUUUGCUAAUGCUGUUGCAGCUUCCAUGAAUACUAUUGGUUUCUGUGAUUCUCUCAACGAUUUGUUAAAGCACAAUGGUUUAAAAAUUGUUGAUGGCAGUAUUAACGAUGUUCGCAUUGUGGGUGUUUGCGCCAUACUCGUACUGAUUCUUAUUUGUUGCGUUGGUAUGGAAUGGGAAUCAAAAGCGCAAAACUUUCUCAUAGUUACUAUUGUUUUGGCCAUAUUUAACUUUAUAAUUGGUGCUGCUAUUGGACCGCAAGGAAAGGAAGAAGAUAUUGCCAAAGGAUUUGUGGGCUUUUCAUGGAACACAUUUAAGGAAAACUUUGGCUCUGAUUAUCGUUUUUCAGAAGGAUUAAAUCAAAAUUUUUUCAGCGUAUUUGCUAUUUACUUUCCUAGUGUAACUGGUAUUCAAGCUGGUGCAAAUAUUUGUGGUGAUUUAAAAGAUCCUGGUGGUGCUAUACCUAAAGGAACGUUUUGGGCACUUUUAAUCUCUAUGACUUCGUAUGCCGUAUUUGCUUUUUUUGCUGGCGGUGCUGCUGUACGUGAUGCUUCUGGUAAUGUAGCUGACCUCAUUAACGGUACAAUUGUUAGCUCAUCUCUACCAUGUAAAUUAAAUAAUACUUGCGAGUUCGGUUUGGCAAAUUCCUAUUCAGUGAUGCAACUAAUGUCACUUUGGGAACCAUUGAUCUAUGCUGGUUGCUUUGCGGCUACUCUCAGUACUGCAUUGACUAAUUUACUUUCUGUGCCACGCCUUGUUCAAGCUUUGGGUAUUGACCAAAUAUAUCCCGGACUAAUAUUCUUUUCGAAACCUUAUGGCAAACAUGGCGAACCAUACAGAGGCUAUGUACUUACCUUCCUUAUAUCUGCUGGAUUUUUGCUUAUUGGUGAACUUAAUGUAAUUGCACCUCUAAUAUCCACUUUCUAUUUAGCCUCUUAUGCACUUAUUAACUUCUGUACAUUCCAUGCUGCAUUUGUUAAGCCGCUUGGUUGGCGCCCAACAUUCAAGUACUAUAACCUAUGGCUUAGUUUAUUUGGUUUUGUACUUUGUAUUGCUAUAAUGUUCCUAAUCGAUUGGAUGUCUUCUCUUAUUACAAUGGUCAUAAUAUUUGCAUUGUAUUUGGUGGUGAUGUAUCGCAAACCUGAUGCCAAUUGGGGCUCCUCAACACAAGCACAGCAAUACAAAGCUGCACUAACUGCUGUACAUAGACUGCAGAAUGUAAGCGACCAUGUGAAAAAUUAUAGUCCACAAGUGUUGGUGCUAUCGGGUGAUCCUAAAUCCAGACCACCUUUAAUAGAUUUCGGCUAUUUACUUACAAAGAACAAUUCGCUGAUGUUUGUGGGAAAUAUUUUGCCAUUACAUAUGGGAUAUAAAAAUUUGCAGAACCUUAUCAAGGACGGUCAAAAUUAUUUAGACGCGAGAAAAAUAAAAGCAUUUUAUAAUGUAAUCGAUGGAUUUACAAUGGAAGAUGGCGUUAAUGCCAUGAUAAAGUCAAUAGGUGUUGGAAAAAUGUCUCCUAAUAUCUUAUUAAUGGGCUACAAAUCAAACUGGUAUCACUGUAAAAAAGAAGACAUUGAAACUUAUUUCAAUAUUUUAUACUCUGCCUUCUCUCAUCGCAUGGGUGUAGCAAUAUUGCGUUUGCCUAAUGGCCUUGAUUUUUCUGAUUUGAAUCAAGAGAUAACUGUAUCAAGUUAUAAUGCUCUAAAUCAUUUACAAACAGUAAAUGCUCAAGGAUUCAGUAAUCCUACUAUGCUCGAUACAACAGCUGCUUCAGAUUUAUUACACAUAGACUCUAAUCUCAAUCUGGCGGGCAUGGAUAGUACUAGUUCAUCAAUUAUCGGAUAUGAGACCAAUGAAAUGCCAAAUAUGAGAAGCAGUAAAAAUUACACAUUAAACCAAAACGAUACUAUCACUUACAUGACGAAAGGUGGCUCAGAAGUACCGAAAAAUAUUUUAGAUGCUGUGACAACAUUCACUCGUAAGCAACAAAAGAGUACUAUAGAUGUAUUUUGGUUAUAUGAUGAUGGCGGGCUUACAAUGCUGCUACCACACAUAAUUUCUAUGCGAUCUAAUUGGCAAAACUGUAAACUCCGUGUGUUUGCACUUAGCCAUGGUAAAGAUGAUGAAGCUGAAGAGAAAAACAUGGCAAAUUUAUUGAAAAAACUUCGCAUCAGAUACUCUGAAUUAAUAAUGCUUAAAGGGCUCACUGAUCAGCCUCAUAUGAAUACUCUGAUGAAACAUAAACGUUUAAUACAAAAUUUCUGUAAAAAUCCAAUAAAUGAUUUCGGUUUAACGGAAGAAGAAAUUCUGUUAAUGGAAGAGAAAACCUGGAGACAAUUGCGUAUACAUGAAUUGGUUGUGAAAUAUUCAUCAAAAGCUGCACUCAUUGUUAUGUCAUUACCUAUGCCACGAAAGGAAGCUAUUUCAACACCAUUAUACAUGUCUUGGUUAGAGAUGCUCACAAGUGAGAUUGACUGCCCAAUAGUUCUUGCGCGCGGUAAUCAAACGCCCGUUCUAACAUUUUAUUCAUAGUAUUAUAAUUGCUCAUUUUAUAUCAAAUAUUUUAAAUAAAAUGUUUCUUAAAGCAAAAUAAA